AUGUCGUCAAUCUUUGCUGAAACCACCUUUCAAGUCUUAAAGUACGGUGGUGCCGUCUCGCUCUCCAUCACUGUUAUUGCUCUCGCCUUUUUGUACCGUUAUCAAAAAUCCAUUAUUUAUCCCAGUUCCUUUCCCGAAGGCUCUCGCUCCACCAUCGCUACUCCAAAAGAUUUCGGUAUAGACUAUGAACAAAUCUCCUUGAAAACCCGCGACAAGGUCUCCCUCGACUCUUACUUGAUGCUUCAACCCAAAGCCCCUCAAUCUUGUCCCACUCUCCUCUACUUCCACGCCAAUGCCGGCAAUAUGGGCCAUCGUCUGCCCAUCGCUCGUGUCUUUUAUUCUGCUCUGGGCAUGAACGUCUUUAUCCUCUCAUACCGUGGCUACGGCAGAAGCACCGGCUCUCCCAGCGAACUUGGAAUGAACAUCGAUGCUCAAACCGCAUUGGACUUUCUUAAACAGCACCCCGUUUGCUCUUCCACAAAAAUCGUCGUUUACGGCCAAUCCGUCGGUGGCGCCGUUGCCUUGUCUCUUGCUUCCAAAAACGAGUCCCUCAUCUCUGCUUUGGUCCUUGAAAACACUUUUACUUCCAUCAAGGACAUGAUCCCCACUGUCUUUCCUUACAUCGGAACUCUCCUAAGCCAUUUCUGUACCGAAAAAUGGGAGAGCGUACGUGCUAUCCGCAAUCUUCAUGAAUUGCCCGUUCUCUUCCUUUCCGGUGCUGAUGAUGAAAUCGUCCCUCCUAUCCAAAUGCAGCUCCUCUACGGCCUCUGCCCUAGUAAACUAAAACGCCUUUGUAUUUUCCCUAAAUCAAAGCACAACGAUACUUGCUUAGGCGAGGGCUACUUUCAUACAAUCGCCGAAUUUUUACUCUCCAACAACGUUCGACCCUCUGCCAACUAA